GGGGACGGUGGCACGGCCUGGGCUGCUCUCAUUUAGCAAAGUGUUUGUUUUUUAUCUUAACGGCUGAAUAAUACUUGGACUAGUCAUUUUGACAGUGGAUUUUCACCUGAGGAUGUAUUGUUGUUGUCAUUGUUGUGGCUGGACAAUGACGCAGUGUACAGUAAUGUAUUUGGAAAAUUGAAUGCGUUAUUAAGCAUCCAUGACAAUUGGGGAAGCCAUAUUGCUGGGUCUAAAGAGAAAGCAUGGCAGACAUUAAAACUGGAGUAGUAGCUGCUGCAAAGAACCGUUUGCAGGUUGUAAAGGGCUUGGAGGAUGUGGAGGUGUCAGAAUGUGAAAGUUGCUCCUUUGAGGUGACCUUGAACCUGGCCUAUGUUGAGGGUGUGUGGAGUCGGGACGGGGUGCAGCUCAAGUCCAAGCCCCACUGUCGGAUCAGCGCACAUGGCAAAAGACACUCCCUCAUCCUCAACAGGGUGAGUCUGGCGGAUGCUGGGGUGCUGUCAUUUCAGUCCAAUGGCAUUCAGACAUCGUGCAGAAUCAUCGUCAGAGCCAGAGAUAUUCAAAUUACCAAAGAUUUGGAGGAUGUUGACACAGUGGAGCGACAGCAGGUGAACUUCCUUUGUGAGGUUAACCAGGUAGAUGUGGAUGCUCGGUGGUACAGGGAUGACUGUCGAAUCCGGGCUGGAGACAACAUCAAGAUCAGACAUCAAGGAAAGACCCACAUCCUCAGUUUUAAGUCAGUACGGCCUGAGCAUGCAGGAGAAAUACGAUUUACAGCUGAGCGCGUGUCUUCAUAUGCUACACUGACAGUAAAAGAGCUUCCAGUCCAAAUAAUUCGUCCUUUAAGAGUCAAGAUAGCCAUGUACCGCCACAGAGGUUUGCUGGAGUGCCAAGUGUCUCGACCUAAUGCUCAGGUCAGGUGGUACAAGAGUGGGAGGGAGCUUCUGCCCAGUAAGAAGUACCAACUCAUCAGUCAGGACAUCUACAGACAGCUGAGCAUAGACAAUAUCUGCUCCUCUGAUGAGGAUACCUACACCUGUGAUGCAGGAGAUGACAAAACGUCAUGCCAGCUUUUUGUUGAGGAGCAGGCUAUCACCAUAGUGAAAGGAAUGAGGUCAGUGGAGGUGAUGGAACCAAAGCCAGCUCGGUUUAAAGUAGAGACAAAUAUUAAGUCAGUAAGACCUCCACGAUGGGUGCUCAAUGGAGAGGACCUUGAGCAGAGCCAAACUGUGGACAUUGACAGAGAAGGCACAAUUCAUAGCCUUUGCUUCACCUCUACUGAUAGCUCAUUGUCUGGUCCUGUUGUCUUCGUCGCAGGAAAGAGUAAAUCCACUGCUCAACUUACUGUGAAAGAGCGUCCUCUCCAGGUGUCCCGUCACCUAGAUGAUGUAGAGGCUAAAGAGAAUGCCACUGUCACCCUGAGAUGUGACUUUGCCCCAUCACCUCGAGUGAUCCACUGGUUUAAAGGGCGCACAGCUUUAAAGACCUCCAACAAAUACAGCAUGAAGAGAGAAGGCAAGCGGGCAGAACUCACCAUUCAUGGCCUGGCUGCUGUUGAUGCGGGACAGUAUCGCUGCAUAGCUGGAGGUGCACAGAGCACUGGAAAUGUCAAGGUAGAAGUGCGAACACUUAAGUUUGUAAAACACCUUGAGGCUGUGGAGAUCGAGGAGGGCGGUUCAGCCAGAUUCUCGUGUGAGCUCAAUUAUGUUGUGGGUAAUGUUGAAUGGCUUCUGAACAACAUCCGCCUUAUUUCAAAUGCCGUAAACAAGAUACAGCACAUGGGCACAAUUCAUAGCCUUUCUAUUAUCAAGCUUCGACCACAAGAGAGCAGAAUCACAUUCAAAGCAGGCCUUCUGUGUGAGACAACGUGUUUGAAAGUUAAAGAACGUCCAGCAGUGUUUUUGAGGUCACUAGAAGAUGUAUCCGGGGAAGAGCAGGGUGAGGUUUGUCUGCAAUGUGAGGCUUCCAAAGAGACAGUGAGUCCUAUUUGGAAAAAGGAUGGUGUGGUCCUCACUCCUAAUGACAAACAUGAGCUCCUGAAGUCUGGAACAUCCCUUGCUUUAGUCAUUCACUCUCUAUGCAAGGAAGAUACUGGAAACUACACAUGUGAGCUUGGCAGCAGCAAGACCAAGGCUAAGCUUAUAGUUCAUGAUUUGCACAUAUCAGUUGUUCAACGCCUGAGAACCUCUGUAGUAAUGGAAGGAGAAAAUUGUACAUUCGAGUGCGUUCUUUCUCAUGAUCUUCAUGAUGAACCCUGUUGGACUAUCAAUGGUCAAACAGUGGUUAGCAACAACCGCAUUCAGCUUGAACAGAAUUGCCGCAAAUACAAGCUAACCAUAAAUGAUGCCAUUCUUUCUGAUGCUGGAGAAGUGGUUUUCACACUAAAUGACCUAAGCUGUAGGACAAUGUUCUUUGUUAAAGAGAAGCCAGUGCACAUCUUUAGAGAUCUGCUGAAUGUCAAAGCAGUCCCAGGUGAGGAUGCGGAGCUGAGCUGUGAGAUCACAAAACCAGAUGUCACCAUCCACUGGCUUAAAAAUGGCCGCCUUCUGAGACCAAGCCCUAAGUAUUUGAUGAGUGUGGAAAACAACAUGGCACGACUUUUAGUCACUAACACAACUAUCAAGGAUUCUGGGGAGUACUGCUGUGAGGCGGAUGGAGUCGCAACAAGGGCCAAGCUUGAGAUUAGAGAACUCCAGCACACAUUUGCACGGGAGUUGAAAGACACCCGUGGAGAGGAAAAAGGGAAAGCAGUCCUGGAGUGUGAGACUAGGCGACCUGCCAAACGCGUGAAAUGGCUCAAAGGUAUGGUGGAACUGCGGGCUGGAAGAAAGUAUGUCAUGAAACAGAAAGGUGUGUUACUGUCGCUGACCAUCACCUCCCUGGAGAAGACUGAUACAGACAUUUAUAUUUGUGAUGUCGGUACCAUGCAAAGCCGGGCCCAGCUUACUGUACAAGAUGAGAAAGUUACCAUUUUGGAAGAACUUGAAGAUGUCCAGUGUCUUGAAGGUGAUACUGUGACUUUUCGGUGUCGCAUCUGUCCCAGUGAUUAUGUCAGCGUGAAGUGGUAUUUGGAUGAAACUCUGCUCUACACGAAUGAACUCAAUGAGAUCCAAGUCAUUCAAGGAGGUUACCAUACGCUUACAUUUAAACAGCUCGCUCGCAAAGACACAGGCACCAUUUCGUUCUCAGCUGGUGACAAGCGUUCAUAUGCGUCACUGCUGGUUAGAGAAAGAAGACCUACUAUUAUUAAAGCAUUGGAGGACUGUGAGGCAGUGGAAGGAGGUGGUCUGGUGUUGUCAUGUGUUACAUCUAAACCAUGUCAUAUCUUGUGGUACAAAGAUGGCUGCUUGAUGUGGAGCUCAUCCAGGUACUAUGCCAGCCGCUCUGAAUGUGAAGCUCGCCUUACAAUCCGUGAGGUCCUGCCAAGUGACGCAGGGGUAUAUGAGUGCAGUGCUGGCUCUGUUAUUACCAGUGCUGUCAUCACUGUAAAAGCUAUUCCAGCAGAGUUCCUCCAAACGUUAAUGUUCAUGGAGGCCAAAGAAGGUGAGACUGUGACCCUGACGUGUGAGUACUCUCUGCCUGGAGUCCUGGUUCACUGGUGGAAGGGCCUGGAGGGCAUACGGUCUGGUGAAAAGUUUGUCAUAAAACAAAGAAAGACUAUUAACUCCCUCACCAUCAAAUCGGUCAAACCGGACGACUCCGGAGAAUACACCUGCCAGUGCCGCAACCACCGCUCUUCAGCUUGCCUCAAAGUUCACGCUAUUCCUAUUACAUUUGUUCAACCCCUUAAGUCUAUCCAAACAGAUGAAGGCACAAAUGUGAUACUGCGUUGUGAAUUGUCUAAGCCUGGUGUUCCAGUGCAAUGGUGGAAAGAAGAUGAGAUUUUGAGAAAUGGGGUAAAGCACCAAAUAAGGAAAUGGGAAACCACUUUGGAGCUUAUGAUAUGGAAACCUGUUCCAUCAGACAGUGGGGUAUACAGCUGUGUGUGUGCUGACCAAAGGACCUCAGCCAAUGUCAACAUUAUAGCACUUCCCAUCACAUUUAAGCAAAAGCUCCGGAAUGUUGUGAUAGAAGAAGGAAAUGUUGCUAUUCUUCGAUGUGAGCUGUCCAAACCUGGUUAUUCUGUAGAGUGGAGGAGAAGAGGAGAGGAGCACAUAAGAAAUGGAGAGAAAUACCACAUCCGACAGAGGGAAACACUGGUGGAACUCAGGAUCUGUGAUGUGAUGCCAGAGGACAGCGACAUCUAUACUUGUGUUUGUGAAAACAUUGAGACCACAGCAACUCUUACUGUGAACGCUGUGCCAAUCACUUUUAGACAGAAACUGAAAAAUAUUCAAAUUGAAGAAGGGUUGAAUAUUACACUUCACUGUGAGGUUUCCAAACCCAAUGUCCCAGUAGAGUGGAGUCUUGGAGGGGAACUGUUAGAAAAUGAAGAAAAGUAUCAAAUAAAAGAACGAGGUACACUCCAUGAGCUGGUUAUUAUAGAUGCUGAACCAGAGGACAGUGGAGUCUACACUUGCACAUGUAGGGAGCAAAGAACAAAGUCUACAGUCAAAGUUGUCGCCAUUCCUGCUACAUUCAGAGUCACCCUCAAAAACCAGCAGAUUGAGGAGGGAAGCAGUGUGACUUUACGUUGUGAGCUCUCAAAGAAGGGAGUACCUGUGCAGUGGCAGAGGAACGGUGCCCUGAUAUCAGAGGAACUAUCUCGAGGGAGGUAUCAGAUUAAACAAGAAGGAAAAACAGUCCAGUUGACCAUUGACAAAGUCCAACUGGAAGAUGGGGGAAAGUACAGCUGCAUCACUGGAGAUGAGAAAACAUCAGCUGAACUUAAUGUUAAGCCUCUUCCUGUAACAUUCAAACGUGAGCUUCAACGGAUUAUUGUGAAAGAGGGGGAUACUGGUACUUUAAGCUGUGAGCUCUCCAAACCUGGAGCACCAGUUGAAUGGAGAAAAGGCAGAGCCCUCCUGAAACCAGGCACCAAAUAUGAGAUGAAGCAAGAAGGAAAAAUAACAAAAUUAAUUAUAAACCAAAUAGAAGAUAGCGAUGCAGGCAAUUAUACAUGUAAGACUAAAGACAGCCAGACAACAGCUGAGCUUGUUGUAAGAGACACCCCUCCGAGCUUUAAAACACCUCUACGUAACCAAGAAGUAAUGGAGGGCAACAGUGUGCUUCUGCACUGUGAGCUUAACAAACCGGCCUCCUCAGUGGAGUGGAGGAGACAAGGUGAAGUCCUUCGGAACGGAGACAAAUAUCAGAUGAGGAAGAAAGACCUGUUGUUGGAACUGAAGAUAAUGAAAAUUGAUAUUGAUGAUGGAGGAGAAUAUAUCUGUAUAUGUGGUGAUCAGAGGACAGCUGCAAUCAUCAUGGUCAAUGAGCGUCCAAUCAAAUUCGUCCAAGAACUGAGGAAUAUUGAGAUGCAGGAAGGAAACGGGGUGACUCUGUGCUGUCAGCUGUCCAAACCUGAUUUCUUUGUGCAAUGGAUGAAAGGAGAUACUGAGCUAGCAAAUGGAGAGAAGUAUCAAAUGAAGCAAAACGACUGCACAGCGGAACUUCUUAUCAAGAAAAGCCAACCAGCUGACAGUGGCCUAUACAGCUGUGUGUGUGAAGACAUUAAAUCAACAGCUAAUGUCUUAAUUACAGCUAUUCCAGUGACAUUUAAACAGAAGUUAAAGAACCAGGAAGCUGUGGAGGAGGGCAAUGUGACCCUACGCUGUGAGCUUUCUAAGUCAGGAACCCCGGUGGAGUGGCGGAAAGAGGCUCAGCUCCUGAUCAGUGGACAGAAGUAUCAGAUGAAGCAGGAGGGAAGAGUGGCUGAGAUGGUGAUCAAUGAUUUAACACAGAAGGAUGCUGGGGAGUACAAUUGUUCUGUUGGCAAUGUUGUCACUACUGCUGAAAUCAAAGUAAGAGAAUUACCAGUUACGUUUAAAAAAGAGUUGGAGAAUUUGGAGGUUAAAGAAGGAGACAGUGCUGUUUUGUGUUGCGAGCUUUCAAAGCCUGGUGCAGCUGUGGACUGGAGAAAAGGCAGAGUUGUCCUGAAGCCUGGGUACAAAUAUGAGAUGAAAUGGGAGGAAUCUUUUGCAAAACUGAUCAUUAACAAUGCAGAGGAAGAGGAUGCUGGCAAAUACAUCUGCAAGACCAAGCACAGCCAAUCAGCAGCCGAGCUUACUGUGACAUCACCUCCAGUUACAUUCAAGACAAGGUUAAAGAACCAACAGGUGGAGGAGGAGAACAACUUAACUCUCAGUUGUGAGCUAUCCAAACCUGGUCUUAAUGUGGAAUGGAGGAAAGGGGAAGAAAUUCUGAAAAGUAAUUUUAAAUAUCAGAUUAAAAACCGAGAAAGCAUCAAGGAGCUUAUCAUAAAGAAUGCACAGCUAGAUGACACUGGUCUCUACAGUUGUACCUAUGGUGAUGUCAAAACAAUAGCCAACAUCACCAUCACACCUAUUCCUUUGGCAUUUAAAAUGGGACUCAAGAAUCAGGAGGCAGCUGAAGGAGGAAAUGUUGUUCUUCACUGUGAACUGUCCAGGGCUGGGGUACCUGUGCAGUGGUGGAAAGGAGAGGACCAGAUCUAUCAUGGAGGUAGAUUCCAGAUGAGUCUCUCUGGAAAGACUGCAGAGAUGAAGAUCAGAAACAUCCAACCAGAAGAUGUUGGCGAGUACAGUUGUGUUUUUGGUGACCAAAAAACAACAGCUGAGGUUAACGUGAGAGCUGCAGCCUCUGUAUUCUUUGAAAAAGAAUUGCAGGACCAGGCAAUAAUGGAAGGCAAAUCUGUAAUAUUUUCCUGUGAGGUUUCCAGUGCUAACGUCCCAGUCACUUGGAAAAAGGACAACACUACAAUUGAACAGGGCAGUCAAUUUGUUAUCAAAAAGAAAGGUCCCAUGCAUACACUAGAGAUCAAGCAUUUGGAACUUAAAGAUGGAGGAGAAUAUUCUUGUAUUACCAGGGGUAAAAAGACCACAGGAAAACUGGUUGUGAGAGAGCGUGUGAGGAUUGUUUCUGGACUAAAUGAUGUGACAGUGACAGCUGGACAAGAUGCUAUAUUUGUGUGUGAGCUCAGCCAUGCAGAUGUGAGUGAGGGAGUCUGGUGGCUGGGCUCCACCCCACUGCAGAAAAAUGAUAUGAACCAGAUGAUCUGUGAUGGCCGACAACACCGACUGGUCCUUUUAAUGACUACAACUGAGGAGACCGGCACAGUGGCAUUUGUAAUUGGUGAAGAGAGGACAUCGGCUCAACUUUUAGUCAUUCCCAAGCCAAAGGUUUUAUUUGAGGAGAAGCCCAAAGAUGUUUCAGCCUUGGAAGGACAAAUGGCAACAUUGUCCUGCAAGACCUCUGAUUUGACCACCCAAGUUACAUGGAGGCGUAAUCAUAUUCCCCUCCAUAACAGUGACAAAUACAAGAUAUAUAAAGAGGGUAAAGUCAACAUACUGCUAAUUUAUGAUGUGGAUCCUCUGGAUACUGGUUGCUACUCAUGUGAUACAGGCGAUGUACAGAGUAGUGCAAAACUUACAGUGACAGAACUUCCACCAUUUUUCCAAGAGGACUUGCAAAGCAUUGAGGCUGAGGAAGGAGAAACUGCCUCCUUGUACUGUGAGUUAUCUAAACUUGGAGUACCUAUACAGUGGAAGAAGGAUAGGCAGCCAAUUAGGGCCAGUAGGAAGUAUGAUAUUAAGCAAGAUGGCUGCUUCCUCCAACUUAUCAUCAAGGAUCUUAAACCUGAGGACAGUGGCAGCUACAGCUGCCAGGCAGGAAGUGCAGAGACCACAACCACAGUGUCAGUAAAAGAGCCUCCUCCAUUCUUUAAGAAAGCCUUACGAAGCAUUGAGGCAAAUGAAGGAAGUGUUGCCUCCUUGCAGUGUGAGUUAUCCAGACCAGGGGCACAGGUCCAGUGGAGGAAGAACCGCCUCCCACUUAGGGCCAGCAAAAAAUAUGAGAUGACCCAGGAUGGCAGAUGUGCUGUACUAGAGAUUAAAGAUGUAACUCCUGAAGACAAAGGAAACUACACGUGUCAAGUAGGAAAUACAGAGACAACAGCCACAGUUUCAGUCAAAGAACUGCCUCCCUUCUUUAAAGUGGAAUUACAAAAUGUUGAGGCUGAUGAGGAAGAUACAGUUUCUCUAUACUGUGAAUUGUCCAAGCCAGUUACUACAGCGCAGUGGAAGAAGAAUCGACUACCACUAAAAUCCAGUAGAAACUAUGAAAUUGAACAAGAUGGAUGCCAACACUAUUUCCAUAUCAAGAAGCUUAAUCUGGAAGACAGUGGAAGCUACACAUGUCAAGUGGGAAACAUAGAGACCUCUGCAACUCUCUCAGUAAAAGAACUUCCAUUGUUCUUCAAGAUUGAUUUACAAAAUGUUGAGGUCGAAGAGGAAGGGACCGCCACCUUGUUCUGUGAACUGUCUAAGCCCGGAGUAGUAGUGCAAUGGAAAAAGAAUUGGACACUGUUAAGAGCCAGUAGAAAAUAUGAAAUGAAAGAAGAUGGAUGCUACCACCAACUUCUCAUCAAAGAUGUUAAACCUGAAGACAAUGGCAGUUACAUUUGUCAAGCCGGAAAUGCAGAGACCACGGCAAAACUGUUUGUAAAAGAGGUUACAUCAGUCUUUGUUGAAGAGCUCCACAAUGUUGUAGCUGAGGAAGGAGGCUCAGCUUCUCUGUUCUGUGAACUGUCUAAGCCUGGAGUGCCUGUCCAGUGGAAGAAAAAUAGACAACAACUUAGAACCAAUAGUAAAUAUGAAAUGAAGCAGGAUGGUUGCCGUGUACAACUCCUUAUCAAAGAUCUAAAACUUGAGGACAGAGGCAACUACACAUGCCAAGUUGGAACUGUUGAAACAACUGCAAAACUGACCGUCAAAGAGCUCCCUCCAUUUUUGAAAGAACUGGAGAAUGUCACAGCUGAAGAGGGCAGCACAGUCUCUCUUCGUUGUCAGCUUUCCAAGCCCGAUGUAGCGCAGUGGAAGAAGAGUAGGCUGACACUGAGAGCCAGCAAGAAAUAUGAGAUGAUACAAGAUGGCUGUUUUGUUCAGCUUAAUAUUAAAGAUCUUGUUCUUGAAGAUGGUGGGAGAUACACAUGCAUAGUAACAGGCGCUGAAACAACAGCAACUCUGACAGUUGAAGAGGUGCUACCUUACUUCACAGAGGACCUUCAAAACAUAGAGGCUGAGGAGGGAUUUUCUGCCACCGUGCAAUGUAAAGUGUCUAAAUGUGGGGUCUCGGCACAAUGGAAAAAGAACAGGCUGCCACUAAGAGCAAGCAGAAAAUAUGAAAUGAAACAAGAUGGUUACCUUCUUCAGCUCCGCAUUACUGAUCUUAUACUUGAAGACAGUGGCAGCUACUCUUGUCACGUCGGGAGUGCAGAGACUACUUCAAAGUUGUCUGUAAGAGAACAACCACCAUUUUUCACAAAGAAGUUACAUUGUACUCAAGCAGAAGAAGGAGCCCUUAUCACAUUUUGUUGUGAACUUUCCAAAUCUGGACUGUCUGUGCAAUGGAAAAAGAAUGCACAACCUUUGAAAGCUGACAAUAAGUUUGAAAUUAAACAAAACGGAUGCUACCACGAACUUAAGAUAAAAGAUCUUAAGCUUGAAGACAGUGGCAGCUACACAUGUCAGUUUGAAAACACAGAGACUUCUGCUACGCUGUCUGUCAAAGAGGUCCCUGUAUUCUUCAAGAAAGUCUUACAAAAUGUGGAGGCACAAGAAGAGGGUUCAGCAUCAUUCUUUUGCGAGUUGUCUAAGCCUAUGGCAUCUGUACAAUGGAGGAAGAACACACAACCUCUGAGAGCCAACAGGAAGUAUGAAUUAAAACAAGAUGGCUGCCUUCUGUAUCUCCAAAUAAAGGAUCUCAGACCUGAAGACAGUGACAGCUACACUUGUCAAACUGGAAGUAUAGAGACCACUGCUAGACUUAUGGUUAAAGAGCUCCCAGUAUUUUUCAAGAUUCCGUUGCAAAAUGUGACUGCAGAAGAAGAAGGAACUGCCUCUCUCAGCUGUGAGUUGUCCAAGCCUGGAGCCUGUGUACAAUGGAAGAAGAAUCAGCAGCCACUGGGGCCCAGCAAGAAAUAUGAAUUGAAGCAAGAUGGCUGCUGUGUUAAGCUUAACAUUAAGGAUCUUAAACUUGAGGACAGUGGUAUUUACUCAUGUCAAGCAGGAAGCACAGAGACCUCAGCAACACUUUCAGUAAAAGAGCUCCCACCAUUCUUUAGAGUUCUGUUACAAAAUGUGACAACAGAGGAAGAAGGAACUGCCAUGUUGUCAUGUGAGCUGUCUAAAGCUGGAGUCUUCGCACACUGGAAGAAGAACCAGCAACCAUUGCGGGCCAAUAGAAAGUAUGAAAUGAAACAGGAUGGAUGCUGCCUUCAACUUCACAUUAAAGAUAUUAAACCUGAAGAUAGUGGCAGCUAUACAUGUGAAGCAAAAAGCGCACAAACUACUGCUACUGUGGCAGUAAAAGAAAAACCUGUAUUCUUCAAAAAAGGCCUGGAAAAUGUGAAGGCUGAAGAAGAGAGUCAUGUCACCUUGGGCUGUGAGCUGUCUAAGUCUGUAGCAUCAGUACAAUGGAGGAAGAAUCAGCAGCCACUCAGAGCAAACAAGAAAUAUGAAAUAAAACAAGAUGGCUGUCUCCUCCAGCUCGUCAUUAAAGACUUAAAACCUGAAGACAGUGGCAGCUACUCUUGUCAUACAGGGGGUGCUGAGACUGUGGCUACAGUCACAGUAAUAGAGCUCCCACUCGUCUUUAAUGUACAAUUACAUGAUGUGGUGGCAAAAUCAGACAGUACUGCCUCUCUGUCCUGUGAGCUGUCUAAGCCUGGAAUUUCAGUGCAAUGGAAAAAGAACAGGCAACCUCUGAGGGCCAAUAAAAAAUAUGAUAUUAAACAAAAUGGCCUCAACCACCAACUUCUCAUCAAAGAUCUCAAACCUGAGGACAGUGGCAGCUACACAUGUCAAGCAGGAAGUGCGGAAACCACAGCAACACUGUCAGUUAAAGAACUUGCUCCAUUCUUCAGCAAAAAAUUACAAAAUGUUGAUACUGAAGAGGGCUGCACAGUCUCUCUGUCCUGUGAACUCUCGAAACCCGGAGUGCCAGUCCAGUGGAGGAAGAACAGACAAGAGCUGAAAGGCGGUGGCAAAUAUGAAAUGAAGCAAGAUGGCUGCCUUGUACAACUCAACAUCCAGGAUGUGAGUCUGGAGGACAAAGGAAGCUACACUUGCCAGGCAGGAAGUGCAGAGACCACAGCAAAUGUAGUAGUCAAAGAGGUCCCAAUUUUCUUCAAAAAAGCAUUUAAGCAUGUAGAAGUUGAUCAGGGAACUACAGUGUCCUUGCUCUGUGAAAUUUCCAAGCCUGGACUUGUGCAAUGGAAAAAGAACACAACUCAGCUGAGAGCUGAUAGCAAGUAUGAAAUGAAGCAAACAGGCUGCUGUGUGGAACUUAACAUCAGAGAUGUUCAGCCUGAAGACAGUGGCAGUUACACAUGUCAUGUAGGAACAGCAGUAACGACAGCAGAUGUAAAAAUAAUAGCCAAACCAACACCACCAAAAACAGAAAUUCCCAAAAUACAGCCCCCUCAAAAGCUUACGGCUCCUACUCCAGAUAAUAAGAACAUUCCACCAGAAGGCAAACCUGUUCCACCUGAACCCAAAAAGAGGACAAGAAGAGCUUCUAUGACACCAUCCGAAAAAGACAUGGUGCCAGUCUUUGAUGUAAAACCUCCUAUGAAACCACAGCCACAACAAACUAAUGAAGAACAAAAGACCAUCCCGCCAGUUAUUGUUCCAGGAAUAGUCACUAAUAUUACACCUGUUAAAAAUCGUGAUGAGAAAAAAGGUGAAAUAUUGGCUGCAUUGCAAACUCAAGAAACCAUAGAAGCUCCUAGAUCUAUAGUGCCAGAAGAUGUUUCUGUGACUGCGAAACAAAAUGAAAAUAAUUUUGAUAAUGAUGUUAUUGUUGAUGAUAAGGCAAAACAGGUACAAAUUGUGGUUGAAUCAAAGAAAGAACCAUUCGUAUCCCCAGAAAGAGAAAUUUCACAAAGCAUGAAAAACCAGAAGUCUGUAAUUGGUGCAGAUUUACCAAGCCAACCUGCUGUAAAUAGAAAAGAAGAGACUGUGAUGAAAAAAGAGGAAAGAUUGAUAGUUACAAAGCUAUUACAGCAGAAUGUAGACACGAACAAGAAAGAGGAUGACAUCAAACCCCCAGCAAGAUCAAAAGGAAAGCUAAUAACCGCAGAGACUGUAAAAGUUGCUGGAAAGGGAGCUGAGGAGACAAUUCAACAAAUAAAACCAAUUACUACAAUAGACACUGACAUAAGACAUAAACAGGAAGUUGAUGAGAAUUUGUCUGUAAAUCAAAUGGAGCAUUUUGUGGAACCCCACAAGUCAUUACAAGAACAAUCGGUGAGAGAAACUAGAAAAGAAAAGGAAGUUCCGCCAAAAGCGCCUAAAAGGUCAAGAAGUAAGUCAAGAAGCAUUGACAGACAAUCAUCACGAGACACCGAGACGGAUCAAGAUGAACAACUGACUCGGAUGGUAAAAGUUGAACUACCCAUGAAACAACAAGUAAAACCAUUCAAGACUGAUACUGAAGAAAAACUUGAGAUUACACAGCAAUUAGUACCCACAGCGGUAAUGAAGAAGAAAUCACAAGCAAGUGUCCCAGAUACAGAAACAAAACCUGUACCCAAACAGCCUGUGAAACCAAUCAAGAAUGAAUCAGAGCAGAAACAAGAGAUUCCGCCUGUAAAACCAAUAAGAAAAGAAACAAGUCUGAAAGAGGAAGUUAAAGUGGUUGCUGAGUUAAGGGAAGGCAAGGUAGAUACUAAAGUUAUUGCUGAACCAAAUAGAAAAGAGGCAAGAGAAGAGAUCAAACAGGAGCUAGUUGUUAGACAUGAAUUAAAAAGAACAGCUGAUGCUGAAGUGAAAGCAAAUGCUGAACCAGUGAGGAAAGAAGGAGAAAGUGUUUGGGAGAAGAGGGUGGCUGUUGAACCCAUGAAAAGAGACAAUGAACAAGCAGUGUUGAAAAUGAAAGAAGAAAUUCCACUUGUUUAUAUUUCAGAGGAUGAAACCUUCUCUGAGGCUUUGUCUGAACUUCCAGUUGAAGGAGAACUUAUUAAUACCACUGCUGUCAGCAUACCUGGAUCUGCCCUACCUCCUACCAUGGGACAACAGAUUGAGGAUGUGUCAUUAGACAUCGACCGAAGCAUUGAAGAUGAAUCUGAAAUGCAAGAUGCUGCCAUCAAAAUCCAAGCUGCAUUUAAAGGCUACAAAACCAGAAAAGAGAUGCGACCAGUUUUUAAAGAUGUGUUCAAAAAUCAGACUAUAGAGGCUGGAGGUACAGUUACUCUGGUCUGUGUCAUAGAAGGAAAACCUACCACAGUGCGCUGGUUAAAGGACAGUCAGCCAAUCACAAGUGAGAAAAGAUGCUUCUUCAAGACUAAGCAGAAUGGAGAAUCAACUUUGAUCAUAAGCAAUGUCACUACCAAAGACAGUGGCAUUUACACGUGUGAAGCAGUGAAUAAGUUUGGCGUGACUUCUUAUAAUGGAAAUCUCACAGUUGUACACCCCACACAGGCAGUGGGUCAGAGGCCUAUACAUCCACCACUUGCAGCCAUUGCUCCCUUGCAACCUGCCCCAAAGCCUCAAGUAUCAGAGCCAGAUAACUAUGUAGAAAGUGUGGAAGUGUCUCUUUGGGAGGCUUAUAACCUAACAGAGCAGGAGGCACAGAGAAGUCUGCAGGAGAGGAGGGGGUCAGCUAUUUUAAGUGCCAGUUCAAUGUCAAGUCCUUCGGAUUACGAGACUGCACCAGAUGUAUUGGAACCUGAAGAAACAAUACCUCUAAAAUUAAGGGAAGCAAAGGCACAGCCUGUAGAGCAGAAAAUUUCACAGAAUAUUCAAGAACAAACACAAACCUCUAAACAACUGAAAGUCACAGAAGUUGAAGGCAAAUUGAGAGCCCCCUCUCCCAAACACCAUCGUGCUCAAACACCUCAGACCACCACUGUGUCCAGGUCAGACUCAGAAGGAGAACAGGACACCAAAGAGACCUUUGACCUUUAUGUGGCUCGAGCUGACUGCACUCCAAACAGUGGAAAUAAAGACAGUUUUAUUUUGAAAGAGGGACAAUAUGUUGAACUCUUAGAUUCAGUUCACCCAGACAAAUGGUUGGUUCGGACUAAACCAACCAAAACAAACCCUGCUCGUCAGGGAUGGGUCUGUCCUGCAUAUCUGGAAAAGAAAAGGAAGGAAGCCUUCCCACAAAUGAGACCCUCACAAGAUGAUCUAGAUGGAAUCGACUCAACGGGAGAAGAGUACAGAAAAGCUUCGAGUCAACUUAUUCAAGGCAUGGUUGAUGGAGAAGAGGAGUUUGUGAAAGAGAUGAGGACAUUCACUUCUCAUCAGUUAAAUUAUAUUGACUCCAGUCGGCAUAUUCCCUCCAGUGUCCUCACCCAGAAAGAAAUCAUCUUCAGGAAUAUCAGGGACAUUGUUUCUCUUCAUGAGCGAACUAUUCUUCCUGCCUUGACCAAGUGUGUCACUGAUGAUGAUGUUGCCAUGCUUCUUAUCAAACACUCUGAAGACUUUGAGAAAUACCUUCAGUACAUAGCAGGACAGGCACAAGCAGAGACGUGUCUCACAGAUAAGGCCAUACAACAAUAUUUUAAAGAGUUACCAGUAAGUAAACAUGGAGAAGCUCCUGUUAUGGAUGUCAUAACCUUCCUCCAGAGACCAGUAGAAAGAAUACACACGUACCAAGCCCUAUUAAAGGAGAUGAUCAAGAAUAAAGCAAAGAGUGGCCAGAGUUGCUGUAUGUUGGAAGAUGCUUUCUCCAGUGUUUCCUGUUUGCCUUGGAGGUCUAACAAUCUGCACCAGGUCUCACUCAUUGAGAAUUACCCUGCUCCUCUCACUGCACUUGGGGAGCCAUUAAGACAGGGAGCAAUCACAGUCUGGGAAGAAACUCCAGAAGUGAAAUCCACCACCAGAGGGCACCAGAGACAAGUUUUCCUCUUUAGAGAAUGUAUUGUUCUGUGCAAAGUGAAGAAAGACACAAGCUUGAAUACAGACACUUAUAUUUUCAAGAACAAAAUGAAGUUAAAUGAUGUAGAAAUAAAGGAGACAGUGGGUGGGGAUGACAGAUCUUGGGGGCUGUGGCAUGAGCACAGGGGGUCCAUGAGGAAGUACACCCUCCAGUGUCGCUCGUCUCUGAUCAAACUGUCAUGGCUAAAGGACCUGAAGGAGUUGCAGCAGUGCUCCAGUGUGUCCACUAACUGUCCCCCUGUGUUUGAGUCAGAGCUGGCAGACUGCAUGACUAAAAUUGGACAAACGAUCAAACUGUCCUGUAAAGUCACAGGAUGUCCAAAACCAGACAUCAGCUGGCUCAAAGAUGGUUUGUCUUUGGAGGAUGACCCCCACCACAUAGUUACUGCAGACCGGACAGGCAUAUGUAGUCUUAUUUUGGACAGCCUUACCCCAGAGGACUCAGGGCAGUAUAUUUGUUAUGCUACCAACUCUUUGGGCAGUGCUGGUUCUCUGGCAAAGGUUGUUGUUCAAGCCCCACCAAGAUUUGUGAGUCGGUUGGAAAAUAUUUGCCUGAUAGAAGGUGAAGACAUCUCCUUCACAUGUUCAACUCUUUCUCUGCCUUUACCACGAGUCAGGUGGUUAAAAAAUGGUAGUGAAUUAAAUGACCAGCAGAAAUACUUGAUCCUGAAUGAUGCUCGAAGUGGCAUCUUGUCUCUGACUAUUGUUAGCGCAACAGAGACUGAUAUUGGACAGUAUGAGUGUGAGCUUACAAAUGAGUUUGGCUGUGUUAAGUGCAAGGCCGGUCUGUGUCCUGCUUAUGUACCACCAGCAGAUAUUGACAACGAGCCAAAGGACUUACCUGCUAAAGAUGCUGACUCAGAGGGCUGGUCUGCUGCAUUUGUUAAUAAAUGGUUACAGACGGAUUUCGCCCCCACUUCUGUCACUAAGAUGUUUGUUCCAUCUGAAUUGACUCAAAGCGGCCCUGCAGAACAUGUUCCUACAUCAGUAUUGUCGGAUGAAAGAGCAGAACAGCCUUUAUAUUAUCUUGAAGAGAUUGAAGAGGAGAUUUAUGUUCCAGAGCCCAUGGAGGAAAUCACUGAUGCUCCUCCCUGUGUUCAGGUUCCUAUUGAGGAUCUGUCUGUGGAGCCUGGUCAAACUGCUACAUUCACUGCCAUCAUCACAGGAAGACCUGGUCCAAGCAUCAAGUGGUAUAAGGACGAAGAUGAGCUCCUGGCCAAUGAUAAUGUAGAAAUAGUCCAACACGGUGCACGCUGCUCUUUGACUGUAAUGUGUCCUGAAGGAGAGGACAGUGGACUAUACACGUGUUUUGCCUACAAUGAAUCUGGUCAGGUCUUAUGUCAGGCCCAGCUCACAGUGGUCGAAGGUCUACUUGAGUCUCAGGAGAGGGAGGUGGAGCUGGGCAAGAGAAGAAAGCUCUUCUCUGUCUAUGACGUUCAUGAGGAAAUUGGAAGGGGAACCUUUAGCGUGGUGAAGCGUGUUAUUCACAGAAGAACAGGGGAGGUAUUUGCAGCCAAGUUUUUACCUCUGAAAAACAGCACUCGCACCAGGGCCUUCCAAGAGAGGGACCUGCUGUCCCGUUUGGCUCACCCCAGAGUGGCCUGUCUGCUGGACUUCUUCUGCACCAGACGCACUUUGGUGCUAAUCACAGAAAUGUGCUGCUCGCACGGACUCAUGGACCAUUUGUAUAUGAGAGGAUCAGUUACAGAGAAAGAGGUUCAGUCAUAUAUUCAACAAAUCCUUGAAGGAAUUGGCCACAUUCACAGCAUGAACAUCUUGCAUCUGGACAUCAAGCCCGAGAAUAUUCUAAUGGUUUACCCUCCAAGAGAUGAGAUCAAGAUCUGCGACUUUGGCUUCUGUCAGGAAAUAGACACAUCCCGACAUCUCUACAGUAUGCAUGGGACACCAGAGUUUGUUGCUCCAGAGAUUGUUCACCAGGAGCCUGUCAGUGUGGCCACAGAUAUUUGGGCUCUGGGUGUGAUUGCAUUCCUGUGCCUGGUGUGCCGGUGUCCUUUCAUUGGGGAGUCUGACCGUGCCACCCUGCUGAGAGUGGGGGAAGGCACCCUUAACUGGGAUGCCCCAGAUGUAUUGCUUAGAAGUUCAGAGGCCCAGCACUUCCUUCACAUGGUUCUUCAGCCUGACCCUGACCAACGACCUUCUGCUUUUGAGUGCCUGAGUCAUGAGUGGUUCCAGGACGACCAUGCAGGAGAGGAUACUGAUGAAAUCAACACGAGGACUUUGAAAGUGUUUCUGUCCAAAAGGAAGUGGCAGCGCUCAUUGACCUGUGUGGGUUCGGUGCUCACCCUGAGGCCCAUCCCAGAACUGUUGGACGCUCCUCUUCGGGAGACUGCGGUCACUGUUCCCCGAGAGCCCCAGGAAAGCAGCACCUCCGUCAGCAGCUCCUCCUCUGAGUACGAUGAGGCUGAUUCAUGGGACUUCUUCCAACACUACAGCCCAACCGAGGAAGAGGACGAGACUGAGGAAGACUAUGAUCCUAUGGUGGAGAGAUCACAGAUACCCAAACCUUUCAGUAGAGCACAUUUUGAGGAAGAAGAGGACGUGACGCUUGAAGAGGAAGAGGAUGGAGAAAUCAUAGGAUGCAGGAGUAUGAUGGAGAGGAGUAUGAGCAGGCAAUCGGCAGCAUCUUCAGACAUAUCUUUGCUAUAUACACCACAGAGAGAGCGCAAGUUCAACAAAGACAGCUCACCGUCGGUGUUAUCUGAUGGAGAUGAUGGUUCAGGAAGUGAAGGGGGGCGAAUUCCAAGGGGCAGUGUUAUCCGAAGCACUUUUUACACAACAUCACAACAACUCUCGCCCAUGUCCGCCCGGCACAUGUCUUUACGGGACAAAUUUCAAGUUAAAAAGCAAGAGAGAGGUCGCAAGCCACUUAGGAGGAGUUUCUCGGGGCGUUUGAAUGAACCACUAAUAGAAUAUGUGGAGGAUGAGACAGAGACCAGCCGUGGACAGAGGCGUGGAUCUAUUCAGCCUUCAAUGCAGAAAUCUUGCUCUUUUGAUAGUGGCGUUGGACUACCACACGCAAAUGUUCCACCGCACAGAAGAAGUCGUUCCCUUGACAACUAUUCUCGGAGAUCUCCCAGCUCACCUUUACGCAGCACACCAGGAGAGGAAGAAGAGGGCUCUCACAGUUUAAAAGAGGAUUUAACUGAAGAUGAAGAGGCAGGGAAAAUGUUUUUAGGAAUCCCCAGUCCGAGAAGACGAGGAUCAGCUGCUCCAAUGCAAGUGUCACAUCCUAAUACUACCGUAGCCUCUCGUGUUUUAGCCACAGAGAAGACAAGCCCCAUACUUGGCCAGUCCCUCGCAGAUAGGACCUUUUGUAGCUCACAGGGUUCAUUAACCGAAUCUCUAAUUAUGGAGCAUGGUUCAGACUCUUCAAGUAGACUAGGGUCUUUUGAGGAUCUCCGUCACUUUCAAACAAGAUCUGCUGUGAGUGAGGGCUACGACGAUCAAGCAGAGCCUCUAGUGUCAUCAUCAGCUGGCUCCUUCCAAGAGCUGGAUCGCGUUGUUAAGCCCAAAGCUCCUCCUCGUAACCGCUCUCGUUCAAACCAAAGUCUAAAUUCCACCUCCCAGCCCAGUCCAAGCCCAAGUCUGUCCUCACUGCAAGCUCCAGACAGGCCCCCACGAGCAAAAGACAAAAAGGACAGCCACGCCCUCCAGAGACACGCUUCGGCUCCUGCCCUAGAGGUACAGCCAUCUCCGGGAAGGUCGCCUAAACUGGGAUUCUUUAAGAUUUUUCGGAGACAGUCCUGGACGGGGCACUCCUACUCUCAGCUGGAUGAACCAGGUCUGGGUCCAACUUUAGGAGAGAUCAUGAAACCAGACACGCCCACAAUGUCACUGAGGAAGAAGAUGAGAGCGUCCGCUUCUAGUCUGACCAAGCUAUUCUCUAGGUCAAAGGAGGACGUGAGUAAAGGAGGGCCUGUUUUCAAAGGAUCAGCUCCGAGUACACCAGAAUUAAAACAUGGCUACAGUCUUGAGGUCCCCAAAAGAAAAAAGUUGUUAACGUCUUUGAAAAUACCUGCCUUCAAAAAGCCAAAAGUGCGUCCCCACAAACCAGAAGUAGUCCGGCUGGAUAGAGGUGGAGUUUUGGUGGUAUGGAAACCAGUGCAGUCCAGUGAUACAUUCACUUACUGCGUACAGUGCUGCUCAGAUGGGGGUGUGUGGACUGUGCUGACAGAUGAGGAGACUGAUUGUUGCUACACAGUUACAGAUUUACCGAGGGGGGCAUCAUACGUGUUCAGGGUGGGCUGUGUCACUAAGGCAGGAGCAGGGCCCUUCAGUGAGGUCUCUGUUCCUAUUGUAAUGUCAACUCAUCCUGAAGAGACUCACAUUCCCCUUAUUUGCACGGAUUUGCUGGGGGCAAAGGCCACAGGACAGCAGUUAACACACAAGAAUUUCAGCUUUUUAUCAGAAAUCAACAGGGGUCGUUUUAGUGUCCUCACAGUUUGCAGGGAUGUUGAGACCAGUCAGGUUUUUGCAGCUAAAAUCACUCCGUACAAACCGGAGCAGAGGCUGUUGGUUCUGAGGGAAUACCAGCUUCUGAGGAGACUGAACCACUACAACCUGGUGCCGUUACACAUGGCCUUUCUGACGCCUACUUACAUGGUCCUAGUGGAGGAGCUCUGCCCAGGAAAAGAGCUGCUGUACAGUCUGGCUGCCAGAGACCUGUACGCAGAGUCCCAUGUGGCUGAGUUGUUGGUUCAGAUACUUAGUGCUGUGGACUAUCUUCACGGGCGACGUGUCAUACACCUGGACUUGAAAUCUGACAACAUGCUGGUGGACGACUGCGACCAUCUGAAGAUCGUAGACUUUGGUUCGGCCUUGUCCUUUACACCAGGCCAGCCAGUCCAUGUGGAGCACGUACAUGGAGUUUCAGAGAGCAAAGACUGCCGCGGCAAAGUUUAUAUUGUUCUACCUAAAGCUCCUGAGAUCCUGGAAGGUCAAGGGGUCGGACCUGAAACUGACAUCUGGGCCAUUGGAGUUCUGUCAUUCAUAAUGCUCAGUGCUGACACCCCCUUUUAUGCAGAGCUUGGCUGGGAGCAGGACAGAAAUAUAAAGAAAGGAAAAAUCCAGUUUGGACACUGUUACCCUGGUUUGUCAGAGGGGGCGCUAAACUUCAUGAAAAGCACUUUGAACCACAAAUCCUGGGCCAGGCCAACUGCAGCCGAGUGCCUCCAGAACCCCUGGCUGCGAGCUCAUCGUGGGAUUCUUAAAGGCAGGCACAGGCAGAAAGUGUGUUUCUCCACCGACAAACUGAAGUCCUACCUCAGUCAGAAGGAGGAGAAACGAGAAGAGGUCCGCACCAAGCUCCAGGGGCCCUUCUUCCAGUAAGACCACCAAGUACCAAAAUGUAACUCGGGUUUGAGGUUAAGCUACACUUUAACCUUUUCACUUUUUGGCCUUACUGUGGUACGCUGUAGUAUUGUGUCUUAAGCCAAAGUGUUCUGUUUAGGAUUUAGUUAUUUGUGUGCCUUGCAUUUUAUUUGAUUUGGAUAAAACAUAUAAAGUUAUAAAGAAGUUUAUCUUUGGGGGUUAUUAAAACUUUCAGGCAAAUGUUGGGAAUUUAGUGAACAUGUUUAGCUCCUCUCACUCAAACAUACAGUGAUGUGUGGAUUAUGUAU